AGCUAGUGUAAUAAUCAAAAGCGCAAAUUACUUAAGCCUAGUCACAGAAGAUUGCCGAUCUAAAGGUAGCCUAUUGAAAGACAUUUUUGUAUUUGACAGCUCGAGGGUGAGUCAGUUGGUUACGCUCCAUGUUGACUCAAAACCAAUUUCUGUUCUCUGUCACAUGGGAGAUUUUGGAUGUGGAGAUGGAGGAUGGACACCGGUCAUGAAAAUUGACGGCAACAAGAGCACAUUUCAUUAUGACUCAGAGUACUGGAGUAACAAAACUGAAUACAACCUUCCUGGAGGGGAGACUGGGUUUGACUCAAAAGAGACCAAAUUACCAUUCUACUGGAACACAUCCUUCUCCAAGAUCUGUCUUGGUAUAAAUAUCGGCCAAAAGAUUAACUUCAUCGUCAUCAAGAAGCAGGCCGACUCUCUGUACUCGCUGAUCGCUGACGGGCAAUACCGCAACACCUCACUGGGUCGUGACACGUGGAAGAAGUUGAUUGGUUCACAGGCCUCCUUACAGACCCACUGUAACAAAGAAGGCUUCAAUGUGAUGUGUACUUCUAAUACCCAUUCUAAAGCAAGAAUCGGCAUCGUUAGCAACGAGCAAAAUCUCUGCUCCACUUGUGACUCAAGAAUCGGGUUUGGUACUGCAGGGGAUUCUGGUGACUCCAACACGUGUGGAAACCAAGCAAUGUACGAUCCAGAUAAUGGAGAGAAACACAUCAAAGCCAUGGGUUACAUCCUGUUGCAGUGACAAGGAAAACAUAAAUAAACCUUUUAAUCAAACCGAUAUUUGGAGUCAUGUCGAUGUAACUUUCAAACAUAAAUAUAGUUCAGAGCACGAAAAUUAAACCACUCUAAGUGUUAAAAUCCUUGUUACAUUUUUCAUUCCAGAUAACCUGUAACCACAGACAACAAGCUGAUAACACUGCUACUUUGAGUUUACUUGUACUAACUAAUUAGCACAUAACCUCGUUCCCAGAUGUGACGAAGUUAUUACAAUCAGAUUUUAAUCACGUAACCUUUUGUAAGGAGCGAGAAAGAAGACGAUAAAUAAAUUGUCAAAAUGGCUGUCAAACAGUAA